AUGGAGUGGUCGCUCAACACCCGUGACAUUGAAGACUCGGUCGCCAAGACGGCGCGGGAGCUCGGCGUUGGCAUCGUGGCCUACUCGCCGCUCGGCCGCGGUCUCUUGACGGGCGCGAUCGCGUCGAUCGAGUCGCUCGACGCCAAGGACUGGCGCAAGGGCAACCCGCGCUUCGCCGCAGAGAACCUCUCCAAGAACAUUGCCAUAGACUUUUUUGCGAUUGCCAAGGCCAAGGGCGUCACGCCCGCGCAGCUGGCCCUCGCCUGGGUCCUCCACCGCGGCGAUGAUGUGGUGCCGAUUCCGGGCACGAAGAGCCAGGCGCGCUUGAUUGAGAACGCUGGAGCGGCGACGGUGCAGUUGACGCCCGACGAGAUCGUUGCGAUCGAACAGUCGAUUCCGGAGCAAGUCGGCGGACGCUACGCCGACGCUGAGAUGAGCAGCACGUUCCAGGGCCGAGCAUAAGCAUGUCAUAUAAUUUUGCGCAGCCACGUAUGGCUCUCCAAGAUCGCAUUGAGCUGGC